AUCAAAGCGCGCGCAUUCAUUUGAUUAAUUAUAUAAACCGCCAUAUGCUACAUGGCCAUGGUACGCCUAGCCAGAAGAAGAGGGAGAAGCUAAAGAGAGGCCCCCACCAGUAAGAGGAGCAUUUUUUGAAGGCAGGAGCGAGGAGCCUGAGUUCUCGUCCCAGACUCUAGCAAUUGAAAAAGACGCGCGGGUCUCAAAAUGGCGGUUCUCGUGGAAGCAGAGAGUCAUUUAAUGUCUGAAGACAAUAACGAGUGCCUGAUGUGUCAAGGAGUUGUUAAAGAGCCAUUUGUAAGGUGUCGCCAAUGUCAUCCUACAGUGGACAUUUGUUUAGAGUGUUUCUCCAGAGGAGCUGAGGAGAAAGAUCACCACAGUGACCAUUGCUAUGAAAUAGUUAGCAACAAUUUUCCAGUCUUGGAAAAGAAUUGGAAUGCUCAAGAAGAAAUUGAUCUUCUGGAUGGAAUCUCUGAUAGUGGCUUUCAAAACUGGAAAGAGGUUGCUAAACAAGUUCAGAGUAAAACAGAAGAAGAGUGUGAAGAACAUUACAUGAGGUGUUACAUUGAUGAACCUUGUGAAGCUCUUCAGAUUCCAGAACUGAAGCCAGUUGUACCUGCCUGUACACCAUCACCAUCCUCUGCUGGCAUUCCAUUCAAAGCAAUGGAUGACCCACCAAGGCCUCCAAUGGAUUCCGCACGUAGCUUGGAAAUGUCAGGUUACAUGCCAUGUAGGGGAGAUUUUGAUGUGGAAUAUGACAACUAUGCUGAGGUUGAUAUAAAAGACAUAGAAUUUGAUUCUACUGAUUCAGACCUUCUUCGAGAACUUAAAAUUGCUGCUGUUGAGAUCUUUCUGUCACGACUUCGACAGAGAUUCUACAGAAAACACAUUGUGAGAAAAUAUGGACUUAUCAACAUCAGGAAAUUACAAACUGUGGAAAGAAAGCAAUCAAAAGCAGAAAGGGAUCUGCGUGAUAGCCUCAGGCCUUUUGCUCGUCUUCAUUCACCUGACCAACAUGAAAUAUUUGUCCAAGGAUUACUAAUGGAAAAUUUUCUUAAGAAAGAAAUUGUCAGUUUACAAGAAUACAGAUCAGCAGGAAUUUGCACUAGAAAAGGUGCAGAGGUUUAUGAACGACUGCACAGACAUCGACAAGAAUAUAAAUCACGCAGGAAAAUGUUAGAUGAUAUUCUAGUUCACAUCCAGGACGAGAAAGCUUGUCAAGUAUGGCUGCAUAGACAGGCUCAAAUAGAUUCAGGACAGAGCUUAGCGCCCCUUCCUCUCCCUAGCUUAGGUCGUAAGCCUGCAGCUCGUUUGGAUAUCAGUGGAACUCCUGGAGUGGAACAGCUAAGACCGAUGGAAAGAGAGUUGUGUAGCAGUCUGCGAUUACUGCCACACGACUAUCAAAGCUACAAAUCAACAUUGAUCAAGGAAUACGAGAAACAAGGAUCACUGCGACUCGCUCAAGCUCGCACUCUGAUCCGGAUUGAUGUGAACAAGACUAGAAAGAUGUACAACUUUUUUGUGGAGCAAGGCUGGGUCAAACAACCUGAUGGUUAACUCAGCGAAACUAAAUUUAAUUGUAUUUAUGGUACUUUGUUAGAAAUGUAAUAAAGUUGUUCUAGAAGAAGUCUGUACAAGUUGCUGCACUGCGCAAAGUUACGUUUUCAUCAUCUUGCAUUUGAUUCUUAUAUCGGAAACGUAAGGUUCUUACAAACUGUCAAUUAAGUGUACAAGAAAAUUUUGAAGACAAUGGGUAGCCCUAAGUGUUGUUUGUUACAAAGAUCUAAGUCAAAGGGAAAUUUUGCGAAUGGACUGUGAUGGCGCCGUCACUUUGACAUAAGCGUAAGCAUAAGCAUAAGCAUAAACAAAAGCAUAAGAAAAAUAUGUGUGAACCGAGGUUACAUAAGCAUAAGCAUAAGGAUGGCUAUUGCGCAGGCGCAGUUCACCUCUCAGGAAUCAAAGAUGGCGGAUAACGAAGUCGAAAUUGGGUUGUUGCUCCUGUUAAGCCGUAGAAAUCGAAGAAGAUUGCUUAUGCAAAGAAAAACACAAAGAAAACCGAGAAAGGUCUGGAUAAGAGACAUUUUUACGAGAAGAAAGACACAAGGCGAUUAUUAUAACCUUGUACAAGAAUUAAAACUUAAUGCAACCUCCUUUGCUACAUCACUCCAAGCCAACCUUUUCUUGUUUUUGUCUUUUAAGUCUGCUGAUUUUUUGUCGUACAAACAAGGAUAAUUGCGGACAGAUUCCGCCAACUUUUCGUUCACUUGCGUUGCCAUGUUUUCAGCUGACAGAUUCUGACAGAGCGGGCCUGGAUUUUAUUUUUGUGUAUUCCGCUGACAAGAAAACUCACAACAU